CGGCGCGCGCGGGGGCGCGCGGGGGGACGCGCGGGCACCGGCUGGAACCGGCCUCGGCCGGCGCGGGCCGGGGGCGGCGGGGGGAGCGGGAGGGGCGGGGGAUGAGCGACCCCCCCCCGCCAAACCCCCGUGAUGCACCGGGGCCGCCGCGCCUCCCCCGGGGCUGAGGCGACCCCCGGACCCCCGGGUGACACCCCCGGCCCCUCACCCACCGGUCCCUCCCUCUCGGGUGACGCCCCCGCCUGGAGUGGGGGUCGAUCCCCCUGGAUGUGAGGGCAGCCCCGGGCGACGGCCUCGAUCCGUUCCGCGGCGGGUGAGGGGACCCGCGGGUGACACCCCUGGUCCCUCCCCGUGGUGUUGGUGGGGCGCCGGGCCCUCUGGUGACAGCCCGGCCCGAGGCUGGCCCGCUGUCCCACGGGAUGUGAGGGGACCCUGGAUCCCCAGCUCUGACCCCCGCCCAGGGCCAGGGUCCGCUCCUCCGGGGGCCGCCUCGUGGUGCUUUGAGGGGUCGAGGUUUUGGUGAGCUGUCACCCAGGGCUGUCACUCCUGUCCUCCAGCCCCUGAAGGGUCCCGGGCGUUCCUUGGCACCUGUGGAGGGAGGUGUGAGCUGACAGGAGGUCCCCAGGGUCUCAGCCUCGGUGGUUGGUGAUGGAGCGGGCCCCUCUCAGGGCAGGUGUCUUUGGGAAUGACACAGGUGUGUGGAAUAUCCCCCUUGGAAGGCUUACGUCGAAAUCUGGACGAGUGUUUGCCCCGUUGCUGCUCUUGCUGACCCUGCGCGGGUGUGAUCUGGCUGUGCGGGGCACACCGAUGGUGUGUGUCACCUCCAUCACUGCAGACGCUCCCUCAGGGAACACUUGUUGCUGGAAUGUGUCUUUCCUAACCAAAAAAUACCACUUCACUUCGUUGUCCCAAGGAAACACAACCUGUCGGAGCUGUGUGAAGUUGGCCUGUGAUCAGCUGUUGGAGUUGGAGGUUGUGGGAUGAUAUUCCCAUCCUGUUGUGCAAUAGGGAUAACGGAUUGGGAGCGAGCAUUGUCUUUGUGAGCUGGGCUGGCGAUGGAUGUGUAUGGCUGGAAAUAGGUCAUGUGUUCCCCGUCCUUAAAAGAGAAAACUUUGGAACUGUUCUUUGUGAACAAAAUACAUGUGCUGAGCCGUUUCCCUUAUCAUUUUAGGGUGUUGUCCUACAAAUACCCUACAAAUGCUCAUAUCUCUGGCUUGUGUGGAUGCCCCCACCCAAAGUGAAACGUGUGCUCUGUGUGCUUUUAGUUUCCAUUUUCAUGAGGUUGGUGGUGGACUUCCCUGCGUCCACACUGUGAUACCUGGAAUCAAAAGAGCUUUGAGGAAUCCACAGACAGGAGUCCAUACAGCCUGUGUGCCUGCUGCUGGGGUCACAAGCUACCUGCCACCCCUUUCCUUCAGGGUGUUUGAAAUACUAUGGCAGAGCGAGGGCUCGCAGGUUUUAUUGUCAUAGUGAAGAUCCUGUCACGAUCUUUAGGGAACUGGCAAGCCACAGUCUCGUAGGCUGCGUAGUUUCUGGUGUGGUCUACAAGUCUGACAGUUUUGUGGGGGAUAUGGGCAUGGAAGAGUCUGCUGGGAAUGUUGCUGUAGGGAAAAAGAGGGAACAGGAGCUGCCUGUAGAGAUGGAGUGACGCUCGUGAUGGAGAAAGAGUCGGUCAAAAGUGAGAAGGAAAACAAGGAGAUGAGGUUGAGAAAGUGAGGACACGGGAUAGAGGAAGGUGAAGGUGAUAACUUGGCUAAGCAUGACUGUGGAAAUAAGGAUGUCAAGUAUUAGGAAAAACAGAGGAAGAAAGACUUCAAGAAAUGGAGGAGACUGGGGAAGAGGAUGGAAAUGGGACAAUGUGGAGCAAAGCUGGUGGUGCAAUUAGCUUCUUUCCAGAGGGCAAAACUUGUGUUUUGAAGAUGGAUGCUAUAAAUACUUCAGUGAAAACAGUUGCAAAGGAGCUGAAUAACCAUAAGUAAAAGACGGGUUUGGGGGCUGCUGAGUGCUGACAGCGGGAUGUGAGCCAUCCUUUGGAAGUCUAGGAUGUGUACACUGGGUCACAUCAGACUGUAAGCCUCCUCCUGAUAACAUAUGGGAACUUAUUUAGUGGUGGCUCAUGUGAACAAGUUGUAUGUUGUCAAAAUGUAAAUAUUUUCUUCCUUUUUUUUUUUCCCUUAAAUACGGUUUGUUUCCAUAAAAUGACACGAAGGUUACAAGUUGUAAACUCAAGUAAGCUUAAUUAUCUGCAUACUUUGCUGUUCCCUGGGGACAGGCAAUCUGGUGCUGGGGGAUCUCUCAGAAAGUUUUGGUUGUAUUUGUAAGGAAAUGUUCCAAUUUCUGUAUUAGUGUGAAUUUCUAAACUCUUGGUGUUACUUGCAUGAGAUUUUUUAGAUACUUUGAACCUCUGUUUUUCUGUCAGGAAGCCUUUAUGCUUACUUUAGAUGUGCAGCAAAAGAAAAUGUAGGAAAAGUAGAGCUGGUGAUGCUCUCUCACACCUUUGUCACUGUUUGUUAGCAGAAGAGGCCGAGCUUCCUUGAUUUGUGUCCUUGGGUAGCAGUCGUGGCGUGCAGCUGGAUAUUCCUGGAGACCAGUCCCUGGUAGAUGCCAAAGUUUGCUGUUUAAUUAUGGAUGGCCUGCUCCUUGUCUGGGGAUCUGGUAUUCCAUUUGUAGAACCUGAGUUUGAAUUUUUUUCUUCUUCCCCCACUGCACCCAUCUCUUUCCCUGCAGCUCCCAGAGCAGGUUCCUGCUCCAUUCCUCCAGGGCAGAGGGGAAACUCCAGCAAUUCCAAGCUGCAGAGGUACCUGAAGGAGUUCCGCACGGAGCAGUGCCCGCUCUUCGUGCAGCACAAGUGCACUCAGCACCGGCCCUACACCUGCUUCCACUGGCACUUUGUCAACCAGCGCCGGCGCAGGUCCAUCCGCCGCCGCGACGGGACCUUCAACUACAGCCCCGACAUCUACUGCACCAAGUAUGACGAGACCACGGGAAUCUGCCCCGAAGGAGAUGAGUGUCCCUUCUUGCAUAGAACUACUGGAGACACAGAGAGGAGGUAUCACUUGCGCUACUACAAAACUGGAAUCUGCAUCCAUGAGACAGACUCCAAGGGAAACUGCACCAAGAACGGAGUCCACUGCGCCUUCGCUCACGGGCCCCAUGACCUGCGCUCACCCGUGUAUGACAUCAGAGAGCUUCAGGCGAUGGAAGCGUUACAGAAUGGUCAGACAACAUCUGAAGGAGGCAUUGAGGGUCAGUCUGCAGUUGCUGCCAGCCAUGCCAUGAUAGAGAAGAUACUCAGUGAGGAGCCAAGGUGGCAAGAUACGACAUAUGUGUUGGGAAACUACAAGACAGAGCAGUGUAAGAAACCCCCCCGGCUCUGCCGCCAGGGUUAUGCCUGCCCCUACUACCACAAUAGCAAAGACAGAAGACGAAGUCCAAGAAAACACAAAUACAGAUCUUCGCCGUGUCCCAGUGUGAAGCACGGGGACGAGUGGGGAGAUCCCAGUAAGUGUGAAAAUGGAGACUCCUGCCAGUACUGCCACACUCGCACAGAGCAGCAGUUCCACCCAGAGAUCUACAAAUCCACCAAAUGCAAUGAUAUGCAGCAGUCUGGCAGCUGUCCCCGAGGACCCUUCUGUGCCUUUGCACAUGUAGAACAGCCGGCGCUCAGCGAAGAUUUGCAGCAAUCCUCGGCCGUGUCCAGCCCCACCCAGACAGCACCUGUGAUGUACAUGCCCUCAGCAGCUGGGGACUCUGUUCCAGUCAGCCCUUCCAGUCCACAUGCCCCAGACCUUAGCAAUGUGUGGAAUAAAUCAGGAACUCUGCCAACUAGCCCCACCUCCACCACAAUUCUUUGUAGGAACAGCAGUCUUGGAAGCCCAUCUAAUAUAUGUGGGUCUCCUCCUGGUGCCAUUGGGAAGCCCCACAGCUUGGAGAGCAUUGGUUUUCCUCCUGACUCAGUCACAGCAGCUGGCAGCUACAAGAAAGCACCGGGGUUUGAGCGAGAAGAUCAGGUUGGGGCCGAGUAUUUGAAGAGUUUCAAAUGCCAGCAAGCAAAAAUGAAGUCCCACUCCCUGGAACACAGGAGCCAGGAGCAACCUUUGUUACAGCCCAAACAGGACAUCCUGGGCAUUCUCCCAGUGGGGAGCCCACUGACAUCCAGCAUCUCCUCUAGUAUCACCUCCAGUCUGGCUGCAACCCCCCCGAGCCCCGCCGGCGCCAGCAGCAUUCCAGGCAUGAAUGCCAAUGCCCUUCCCUUCUAUCCAACCAGUGACACCGUUGAGUCUGUCAUAGAGUCUGCCUUGGAUGACCUGGACCUGAAUGAAUUCGGAGUGGCUGCCCUGGAGAAGACAUUUGACAGCAGCACAGUGCCCCACACGAGUGGCAUCAUGAUAGGUGGGAGUUUGCUGCAAAGUUCUGCUCCUGUAAAUAUCCCCGGGUCCCUUGGAAGCUCUGCCUCCUUUCACUCCGCCUCUCCUUCUCCACCGGUCAGCCUCUCAUCGCAUUUCCUCCAUCAGCCCCAGGGACACUUAAGCCAGUCAGAAAACACUUUCCUGGGGACAUCAGCUUCUCAUGGAUCAUUAGGUUUAAAUGGGAUGAACAGCAGCAUAUGGGAACACUUUGCUUCGGGGAGUUUUUCGCCCAGUACCUCACCUGCAUUUCUGUCAGGUCCAGGUGCUGCGGAGAUGGCACGGCUACGGCAAGAACUGGAUGAGGCCAACGGCACAAUAAAGCAGUGGGAAGAGUCUUGGAAACAAGCCAAGCAGGCUUGUGAUGCCUGGAAAAAGGAGGCAGAGGAAGCAAAUGAUCGCGCCAACACAGCUAACAUGGAAUGUGAACUGGCCCGGGAGCAGAGGGAAGCCUUGGAGCUGCAAGUGAAGAAACUGCAGGAGGAGCUGGAGAGGAUCCACACCGGGCAGGACCCGCAGUUCCUGCGCUCCUUCUCUGACCUGGAGACGCUCUCGCUCUCGUCGCUCUACACCCUGCAGAAACAGCUGCGGGCAAACCUGGAGAAAGUGGACAAGGCGGUAUUUCAGAUGCAGUCAGUGAAAUGCCUUAAGUGUCAGAAGGAGAACCGGGUGGUGCUGCCGUGCCAACACGCGGUGCUGUGCGAGACGUGCGCUGAGGAGGGCGAGUGCCCCAUCUGCCACCCCAACAGGCCCCACUCUCUGCAGUCGUGACCUCCCGAGGACGCUCGUUCUGAUCAUAUCCUAGAGAACUUUUUAACUUUAUACAUACGUACAUAUAUAUGUAUGUGUAUAUAUAUAUAUGUAUAUAUGUGUGUGGAUGGGCGUGGCUGUGCACCUGUAGGGAUGUGCACACACACGCACAUGCACACAUGAAAACAGAAAAUUAGUUGCAGAGCACUUUUUAAUAUUUUACAUCCCGUAUCUAAACUGCCCCUCACCCGUGCCCCACUAAUUCUAACUCUUGAUGAACUUUGAGAGCUGUUUUUAAUACAGAUCAAAGGGCCAUUUGCAAAGAGUCUGUGUUUCUCCUCUUUUCUAUUUAGGUGAUAACAAAUUUUUGACUAUUUCCAGAAGGACUUAGAGUGGGCAAGAGGGGCUUCCAUGUGCUUUCCAGAGGAAGAGUUGAGAUCACGGGGAGGAUCGAGGUGGUUUGAAAUGACUUGCUCAUGCCUUCGGUCCCCCUGCUCUUUCACUGACCCAGCUUGGUUAAAGCCGUCCUCCCUGAUGGGAGCUCUGCCGGGCUCCUGCCUGGAGGGCCUCACACUGCCCAUCUCUGAAUGUGCAGGAACUUUGUCUGUCAUUUAAUCAGCAAAGUUCACUUUUUAAAUUUUUUUACACUCUUUGUAUAUUUGUAUGAAAAGCAGAAAAGAGGGAAAAAAAUUUUCUAUUGGACCUAGAGCAAGCCAAGCCCCAAAAUUCAGUGACCAAUGUUCACUGCUGAUGCAGCCAACAUGUUCCAGGUCUGAGCAGCCUUAGAAGUAUUGCCCUUGGGUGAGCCAAAGCCCUUUAUGAAGGAAAUUUGGAUGCAGAGGUUAGUUCUCUCCAGGCACCCCUUUGUCUGGUGGCUGUUCAGAGACUUUUUACUGUUUCAGACCAGAUUAGUUUUGUUUUAGCCACAGGGACCUGAUUCGUAGUCACUGCUGAAGUGCAUGAACCAAUUCUAGGUAGGCUGAGGACAUUUUUGUUGCCUGUGUCAGCAGCUCAAGGGUGGUUUGUGGAUUGCUGGCUCCAGAAGCCCUGGUGCUGGAGAUGUGUGGUGACAGAAAUUGUCCAGCAGGACAAAGAAAUGCCAUCAGCUCAGACCUGCCCAGCAGCUGAGCCUUCCUGUGACUUUCCUUACCAGCAUGUCCAUUGGAUUUUUACAUCAGGUGGAUUGCAGUAACCUGCUGGGAUCUCAACCAAAAGGCCACUCAGUUGACUAAACAUUUUUAUUUUGCACAGGGAUGCUCCUGUGCUGCCCCUCCAUGACCUGGAAAAGCACUGGAACCUCCAGCAGCCCACUAUUGUAGGAAAACUGAAUUUUUACCAGAGCCUCUCAGAAAGCUUCAUAUUUAAUACAAACACGUAAUUAGGUUUGUUUCCAUAAUUCCACCUUUCCUCUCCAUGGAAGGGGUUAAUAUGCAUUCCCAGAUGAUCUCUUAAGUGCAGCUCUGUGUAGUUCUUUUUUAUGUUUUCCCAUUAACUUGUUUUUGGGUUUUUUGGUAAAAAUGCUUUUUUUCCAUGUGUAUUUUAUUGUAACUAGCAUCAGGUUUUUUAUUUUUUUUUAAUGGAGAGACACUGUUGAGUGACUAUUGUGGCUAUGUUGUUUGGUUAUAGCCUUUGAAUGUCUGUGCCAUGGGGCAGCACAUCUGCCUUGGUCUGAUCUUAAGGAAAGACCUUUUAUUAAAAUACAUGAACAUUUCUCUUUUUUUUAGGAAAAAUAAAAAAAUAAAAAAAAAUUAAAAGUGGGGAGGAGGAGGAGGAGGAAAAAGCCCAAUUAAGAAAAAAAUUUACUAAAAAGUUUUUUUUUUUUUGUAACUAACUUAAAUCAUAGGAAAUAAACUCUUGAAUCAGAUCUUUAAUAUUUAUAAGCAGCAGAGCUGAUCAGCCUGUUUUUGGCUAUGGUUUGUAACACUUUUUAUGAGCGUGGGGGUUUCUCUGCUCCUCUGCCUCCCAGGGGCUGCUCAGGGGUGAUGCUGCCUUUUGCCAACCCUCUUUUUCCAGAUCUGUCCAGCAGCAGCUCGGUGAUUCCACCAGGGAAUCCCCUGAGAUGGAGCUUGUCCCCUGAGGGCAGCCUGGGCUGUCUCCUGGGACUUGCAGUCACAGGGUGAUGCAGGACCUGGGGGGGUUAAGGGCAAAGAGCUGUUUGCCCCCAGUUUCCCUGGGUAACAAGGAAAAAUUCCAGGCCAGAGAAAACGUGUUUUUCCCUUUUGAGUAAAACAGUUUCUCUGUUUUAGAACUUAUACUGAAGGACCAAAGAAUUCAGAAUUUCACCUGUUUUGUGGCCCUUAAAUUUGAACUUUCCAUUGCCACACUGCACUCAUGGCAGAGCAGCCUGAAGGAAUUAGCACUAGACCCUUCCCUUGCCCCCACCCCAUCCUCUCUCAGCACUCUCUUUGCACAAGCACAUAGACUUUCUCAGUUUUCUCUGGUUCUUGAAGAAACACUUCCUAAAUUUAGGUUUCUAUCAAUUUGUUUGCUGCUUUAAAAAAAAAGGAGAGGAAUAUUGAAAUGUGAAUUUAUUUUCUUAAGCAUCAGAUGGAAAAGAGAACUUCAUCUUUGCAUAUUUUGUGAAUGUUCUGGUGGGCCAUUUAAAGACAAUUUCCAAACCAAAUGAGGUGGGAGCAGGGGGAAGGAGCAGCAUUCCUGACCCACUCCAGCAGUUGUUGCUGCCUGCUCUGUGCAGGAAGGACAAACCAUAAUCACAGCACUGCAGUUGAGGCUUAAGAGUCUGUGAUCAGCUUUUGUAUGGUGUAAAAAGAGCUGAAAUAAACCUGGUGCUAAUAAGUGCAGCCCCUGUCACGUACUGUCAGGCUUCCUUCUGAAGCAGGAACUCCCUUUACAGGACACACGGUAACACAGCAGAGCUGAGGGGGCUUCAAAACAAAAGUGGGGUCCACAGGGUUCCUUGGGGAGCAGCCCAGCUGAACACCCCUGACCAUGUCUGGGUCCUGCCUCCUCACGCAGACUCCUGAGUGGAUAAUGACAUUUUCCUCCCCAAAUUUUUGGGAGUUUCGGAAGAGCUGACCUUGGUGAUUAAUUGGGCAGGUCGGACACUUCUGAGUUGAGAGCUGGGGAAGGAGUUGUGGUUGUGUUGUGAAACCACAGCAUCCUAAACGUCAAUAAACUUUUACAUUUUCAUGGAAAACCAACCUAGAAGCAGCUGGCUUGGGACAACACUAGCCUGGGUAGAUCCAGAGCAACAAGCAGGGUCAGAGCUGUAGGUGAGAGCCAGGAGCUGAAGGAUUUUAGCAUUUUGGGCUAACAGGACCACUUUGAGCUCCUCUCUGGCCUUAGGUGCCGUAGCCCUGUGCCUGCAGUGGCACGAGAGGGACCCGGGAAAGGUCUCAGAGCUGGAGCACAUUUCCUAAAGCAGAUCCCACCCCUGGGGGUCCCUGCAGCUGAUCCCCUGCCGAAGGGUUUUACACUUUUGUACAUCUCUGAAGCUGAACCUGAGCCAUUGGCAAGGCUUGUGCAGCUGAGACAAUGAAGAGAAUUCCUUCCCCUGGGAGGAAGCCCAUAACACUGAAUGGACUCAGUCAUCCCUUGCUGUUCCACCAGCCUCCGACCCUCCUCUCUUCCUCCUUUUCCCCUAUCUGAGAAGGAAGAAUAUUACCAGUGUUUUCCUCCAGAGUUAUUAUAAUCCUUGGAGUGAUGGCCAACAGCAAAAUAGAUGUUACUGAUGUAAAACCUAGUAUUUUAAAGGUGAAGUAUUCCUGCAAAGUAGUGACUGCAUUGGAGAGAUUUCUGGGGCUUCCCCACUCUGUAGCUUCCAAUGUUAAAACAAAAUAAAUACAGUAUACAUUUUAAAAAAAUAAUAAUAAUACACACUGCAGUAUUUCUGGUGGCAAUUCUUGCCCAGUCCCUUCCCUGCUUUCCCCAGGAGGAAGGGCACUGGGCAGAGGCGCCCCUAGUCCGUGUAGAAGUUGGCAGAAUGGUGAUCAGUGGUGUAAAACGUGUUGUUGAUUCCAUGUAUAGAACUGUGAUUUCAGCUGUCGUUCUCUCGUACUCUGUAAAUAUGUGUUUUGGCUGUCGGAAACCUGGUUUAGACUCUUUUCUUGGCAGAGUGAAUUUGCAUGUGGGGCUGGAAAGAUCUCAAUCUGUGUCACAGUUUCCAAGGGCAGGAUGGAUUUUUUUUUUUUUUUUUAGACGACAAUAAAUUUUUAUUUUUUUGCUAAGAAAAAAAAA